AUGUUCCUGCCCGCUUGCCUCCUGACAUCUCGAGACCUCGGCGUAAGCGAAAUCACUCUGUACAACGAAGCCGACCAAAUCACUCAGCUCAAGAAUGUCAACCACAUGUUCAAUGUAACUUGGACAUGCCCUUACUCUCUGGUCGUCUUCAUUAGCGGAGCUCCUCCUCGAACCGUAAACUCACAGGGGGCUUCACUCUCUUGGAGCGUGACGUUUGCACAAACGUCACGCCGCAAUCUCACUGGGACUUUGCAGUAUAACAUUCCUCGAACCGCCCUUUGCGGCGAGCAAGAAGCCAUUCUCAGGUUCCUGGAUUUCGUGCGAUCCGACGACUUUGACAUCCUGUGGCGAAAAGUCAUCAUUGUUGUCUCUAACGACACCAAUAUGUCAAGAAUGGUCUGCUUCCUGGAAAAUGACGCUUUCAACAACGGACCCGGCCACAAACCCUCCAGGUUCAGCGACAGAGGGAGGAGGCAGCUCAUAUCCCAAAGUCUCAAGCAGAUUCGGAUGGCGAAGGAUUUUGAUGUCGAAUUCUGGCGCGUGCCAAAGGAUCAGAUGGUGCAACCCUUGCCGGCCGCUUCCAACGAGUUGAAUUCGAGUGGAUCGUCGGGACAGUCGCAGUAA